AUGGUGUUCCUCUGGGGCCUGCUGCUGCUCUGCCUGCCUGCUCUGCACAGUCACCUCAGGUUUUUUUCAGCACAAGCCAUGGAGCAAAAGCGUCUCUUCUUAGACAAAGAUGGGAAGCUGAAGGAUGUGAAAACUGCUGGAAUUGUCCAGUCUGCUCUGCCAGAGGCCUUACAUGAGCCCUUCCAGGAGAUUGAUGGGCUCAUGUCACCUUCCACCAACACACUGUCAGGCACGAGGAACAGCUGGAGCUCAGAGGAUGAAGUCCUAGCUGGGGCUGUGGGCUGUCCUCAGCAGCAACCAUCUGAGGAGGUUGCCUCUUCUGAGGAGGAAGGAGAGGCUGAAGGGAAAACCUGUGAGAUGACUUGGAAGAAGAGCCAGAGGCUAGCAGAUGGUUUGAUGAGAUUCAGCAUUGAUCUCCUGAGAGAGGUCCAGCUGGAGUCCAACAGAACCAACAUGAUCCUGUCCCCCCUCAGCAUCGCCCUCGCCUUGUCCCACCUGGCACUGGGAGCAGCAAAUCAGACAGAGAAGCACUUGCUGGAGGUGACACACUUGGAGUGGGUGCCCUGUCUCCACCACAGGCUGGGCACCCUCCGCAGGAAGCUCACGGAGUCCCCGCUCAGCCUUGCAGCACGGCUGUACCUGCAGAAAGGAUUUGAGGUGAAAGAGAAGUUCCUGGAGGAUUCAGAGAAAUUCUACGGGGCAAAGCCCAUGGCCCUUUCUGGGAUCAGUGAGGAUGACCUCGCAGCCAUAAACAAGUGGGUAAAGGAAGCAACUAAUGGGCAAAUACCCACCUUCCUCCAGCAACUCCCUGAAGACACAGUGAUGCUCUUGCUCAAUGCAGUCCAUUUCCAUGGGUUCUGGAGGACUAAGUUUGAUGCCAGUUUCACUGGGCCAGAUGUAUUCCACCUCGACAACGAGUUUGUGGUCCCAGUUGAGAUGAUGAAAGCCCAGCAGUACCCCCUGAGCUGGUUUACUCUGGAGUCCCAGGACAUCCAGGUGGCCAAGUUUCCCUUUAAGAGCAACAUGAGUUUUGUGGUCCUUGUACCAAACCAGUAUGGUUGGAAUACCUCUCAUGUGCUGGAGAACUUCCCUUAUCAACAGCUCUGCAGGCUUUUCCCCAGGGAGGUACCCACCACAGUGAAGAUGCCCAAAAUAAAACUGGAAUAUGAGCUGGAACUCAACAAGGUUCUCAGUCGAAUGGGCCUCCAGGAGCUGUUCAUGAACCCAAACCUUCAAAAGAUCACAGAUGAGCCUCUCUCUGUAUCCAGUAUCCAGCACCAGUCCACCCUGCAGCUUCAGGAAGACGGGGUGGAAGCAUCUGGCACCACCAGCGUCGCGCUGUCCCGCUCGGUCUCUGCCUUCAGCCUUGACCGGCCCUUCCUCUUCCUCAUCUUUGAAGAUGAAUCAGGCAUCCCACUUUUCAUAGGCAGUGUCCAGAAUCCAAACCCCAAUGCUGCUCCCCAGAUCAAAGAGCCACAGGACUGGCGUGAAGCACCAGGUGUCAGGGAGCAGCCCAUGCCCAAGUAA